AUGACACCCUUUCUCUCACUCUAUUUCUGUCUCUCGUCCCACUCUAUCAUUCACCCUGUCACCCUCUCUCCAAUUGCACACUAUAUCCCCACUCUUUUUCUCUCUUCAUCUCUCUCCAUCUAUACCCGUCUCUCUACCUGUAACCCCCCUCUCGUACGUCUCUAUUCCUCUCCUAUUCCUCUCUCCCCUACUAUAUACUCUCCUGUCCCUCUCAAUUCCUCUCCCUGUUCAUUCUCCGUUUUGUCUCAUCCCACCUUAUCCUUCUCUUUAUCAUUUUCUCUCUCGAGCUGUACCCUCUUUCUAACCCUCUCGUUUCAACCUGUACACCUCUUUUCUCUUUAUUCCUCUCCCUCUACCUGUAACCUUCUCUUGCCCUUCUCUAUCCCUCCGUGUUACUCUCUCUCUCUACCGUUACCUCUCUUUCUCUGCUACAUAUACUUCUCUCUAUUUCCCUUUCUCUCCACUUGCCACAUUCUCUAUCUAUUCUUUAUAUCUCUCUGUAUUCCCCCCUCUCUCUCCCCUUUUACUCACACUCUCUUUUUGCCCUGA